UGUUUUGCAUUGAAAUUCCUUGGGUUCAUUGGCAUGGCCCAAUUUCUUUGCUCCUUUGGACCCUUGCAGGUAACGAGUACAAAACUAAUCUCAAACCAAAACUUAAUAUUCAUAUUUAAUUAGUAUUUAUUAGCCAAAUUACUUUCAUACGCUAUAAUGAAAUAAUCUCAAACCAGAAAUUAAUAUUCAUAUUUGAUUAAUAUUUAUUGGCCAAAUUACUUUCAUACCCUAAAAAGAAAUUAGGGUUUUAGCAAAUUUUCCACCUCGUCCUUGACACCCAUAAACCAAUUUAAAACCACAAAAUUAGGAUUCUGGCAAAAUUUUCACCUCUACCUUCUUCUCUGGAUUAGAACCUGACCAGGAAAUUAGGGUUUUAGCAAAUUUUCCACUUCUUACUUUCUUGAUCAUGAAAAAAUCAAAAUCUAAAAAACAAUCAAAUACCCAACAGGAAGCAACAAAUGUAGAGGAAUUCUCGUUCAAUAUAACCAAAAUAGCAGUCUCUCAGAUCUGCAAAUCAGUUGGAUUUAAGCGUAGCCAGAUCUUAGCGCUGGAAACCCUGACCCUGGUAGCGACCAAGUACCUGGAAGCCCUGGCCAAGUCGUCUGUAUCAUUCUCCAAUGCUGCCAACCGUACUCAAUCCAAUCUCUUAGACCUUACCAAUGCCCUCCACGACAUGUCCCAGGUAGGUUUCAGGGGUGCAUCCACUCUCUAUGACAACAAUUGCUUGUUGAAGUCUAGUGUGUUGGAAGAUCUGUCAGCUUUUGUCAGCUCCACGGCUGAAAUACCUUUCGCCAAGCCCAUUGAGAGAGCAAAAGAAAGAGAAAUGGAAAAAGUAAAAGCAUCUACUGGGAAUUUGCAGAGAGGUGCUCAUAUCCCAGAAUGGUUACCUUCGUUUCCUGAUGUAGUUAGUAAUGAAAAAUGCAAUAAAAGAGUUAAUGGAGAAGAAUUAUGGGAGAAUUCUAGCUCGGUUUUGGGAUGUCAAAGUGAUGGUUUUGAAGAGAAGAGAAAUCCUGGUAAAUUGGCAAAGGAGAGAGCAAGAGUGAAGUUCAGGAUUAAUGGUGGAGGGAAGAGAGUGCAAUUGAAUGGUUAUAGUGGCAAUAAUUUGUUUAGUCAAACUAAAGAUGAAGAGCCAGAAGCUGAGUAUAAGAAACCUAUCAAAUCCAAGGAGAAUCAGAAUCGUGUGUAUAAAAGGAGAAAGCUAUAGUUUCUCUAGAUUUUCUUUGUUUCAAGAGAUCGGAAACUGGAAAAGAGUUAGGACAUUGAGCAUAUUUAGCACUGCCAGCCAAGCGUUUUAUUCUGGCAAUAUUUUUUGUUCGCACUGAGAGUUGAACCCAGGAACUCCUUUAGUCGAUUGUGUAAGUGUUUAAAAACCUGUGGCAUCCACUGGGCCACCAUUUUGCUAGCUAUGGGACUCAUUAAGAACAUUUAUUUUAUUAUAUUACAUGAUCUUCAAUCCAGUUUCAAAUCUAACGACCCUUUUUACAUCAUUCAACAUCCAAUCUUCUUCCAUUGUUGCAUAUAGUGUUGUGCCUACAAACUUAUAGACCCAUUAAUUCUCUACUCUAAAGUCAAAUAUCCAAAAGAAUUGUAUGAUCUGAGUCCUAAUUCUCCAAAAGCAAUUGCAGAUCCUGUUAACUGGUGCCAAACUUCAAGCUAAGAACUAAUGGGAGUAUGGGACUAAAGAAUCGU